GACCUAGAAUUGUAAUCUGCAACUGCACUGUGCUUCCACACCACUCCACUCUCCACCGUUCUCCCACCAUUGCAAUCCACUUUUGAAAAUUUACAAACCAAAACACUUAAAAUUCCUUUCCUAUUAAAAACGUAUACAUUAUUAAGGAUUUAGGGAAACAAUAGUUACAAAUUUGUUGUUGGUUCCUCAGAAACAGAGAAGAGAGAAAAAUCAAUGGAAGACGGUGAGAUAGAAGAGGGAUCAGUGGGUGGGGCAGAGGAAGAUGAACAAGGCUUCGCUCACUCCUCAGACAAUUCCGAGGAAUCACCCUAUCAAACAUUGCAUAACAGCAAAGCUUCCGUUGAGAACAUCGUAGCUGAGAUUCUCUCCAUCAAGAAAGAGGGUAAACCCAAACACCUCCUUCGAGACCUCGUUACUCAGAUGUUCCUACACUUCAUCACUCUCCGCCAGGCGAAUCGCGCUAUCUUGCUCGAGGAAGACCGCGUCAAAUCCGAAACCGAACGCGCCAAGCCACCGGUGGAUUUCACGACCUUGCAGCUUCAUAACCUCAUGUACGAGAAAAGCCACUAUGUCAAAGCGAUUAAGGCCUGCAAGGACUUCAAGUCUAAAUAUCCUGACAUUGAUCUCGUUCCUGAGGAAGAGUUUCUCUGCAACGCUCCCCUAGAUAUCAAGGACUCUGUUCUGUCCAACGACACUGCUCACAAUUUCAUGCUCAAGAGGCUCAAUUUUGAGCUGUUCCAGCGCAAAGAGCUCUGUAAACAUCAUGCGAAACUGGAACAACAAAAGAAAAUCCUUUUGGAGACUAUUGCCAACCGAAAGAAGUUCCUGACAAGUCUCCCUUCACAUCUCAAGUCUCUCAAGAAAGUCUCCCUGCCUGUACAAAAUCAACUAGGGCUUCUGCAUACGAAGAGACUAAAGCAACAUCAUUCGGCAGAGUUGCUUCCUCCAGCUCUGUACGUGAUUUACUCACAGCUGUUGGCUCAAAAGGAGGCCUUUGGAGAACCCAUUGAUCUGGAGAUUAUAGGGAGCCUGAAAGAUGCUCAAGCUUUUGCUCGUCAAAGAGCUCACAAGGACCCUGACAUUUCCACUGCCAUGGAGAGUUCCAAAGUGGAAGAUGAUGUUCCUGAUGAAGAAGAAGAUGGUCAAAGACGGAGAAAAAGGCCAAGGAGGGUUCAAGUCAAGGAGAGCCCUGACCAGGGGGGAAUAUUUCAAGUUCACCCACUUAAAAUCAUUAUGCACUUGUAUGAAGAUGAGGCUUCUGGUCCCAAAUCUGCCAAACUCAUUACUCUUAGGUUUGAGUACUCGGUGAAGUUGAAUGUUGUAUGUGUUGGAAUCGAAGGAUCUAAUGAUGGUCCCGAGAGUGACAUCUUAUGCAAUUUAUUCCCCAAUGAUACAGGACUUGAGCUUCCUCACCAGUCCGCAAAGCUCUUUGUUCAGGAUGCUAUGACAUUCAAUACUCAGAGAACUUCACGUCCUUACAAAUGGGCUCAGCACCUGGCAGGGAUUGAUUUCUUGCCUGAGUUAUCUCCCUUGCUUCUUACUGACAAUAGUGGAGAAGUCAAGAAUGAAAAUGUUAUAUCCGGUCUUUCACUAUAUCGGCAGCAGAACCGAGUGCAGACUGUUCUCCAGAGAAUUCGUGCAAGAAGAAAAGCUCAAAUAGCUCUUCUGGAACAACUAGAAUCUCUUAAAAAGCUUGAGUGGCCUUGUCUGUCUUGCAAAAGUGUUCCAUGGGCUUUGCACACUCCUUUGUGCAAUUUGGAUAGUUGGUCACCAAUAAGAGUUCCAUCUGUCGCUAGAGAGUCCUCAUGUCCUGCUGUCAUAGAUACAGAGGAGCAUGUUCAGGAACCAAUGGAUGUUGAUGUAAAUGAACGUUCUGGUGCCACAAAAGAGGAACCAGAGAGUAUAACAGAAGAUGGGGAGCUUCCAACUUUACUUCCUAACAUGUCAAAGCUUGACCACUCCAAGCAACUGAACUUAAUUUCUAAAAGUAUCAUUCCUCCACUCAAUAAAAUCAGGUCACGGAGUUUCAAAAAAUUUGAUGACAUUUCUGAUUUCUUGCUGGAUACUGAAAGUGAUCUUGAUGAGCCAGCACAGAUUGAACAAGAACAUGAAAAUAUAGUAUCCAAUUUCUGUGCCAGAAAGUCUGUAUCAUGGAUGGAAAAUGGGCUCAAGGAAUUUUGCCUUGUUCUUUGUAGAAAAAUCAGUGCAGAUGAAAGGAGUGUGAAUUUAGAAGCUAAGAUCAAGAUCAGUAUGGAAUAUCCUCUAAGGCCUCCUCUUUUUACAUUGAGUCUUUGCUGUUUAUCUUCUGGGGAACACCAUGAUCAUGAUGAGAUUAAUGGAUUGGAGUGGUACAAUGAACUACGGGCAAUGGAAGCGGAGGUCAAUUUACACAUACUAAAGACGCUACCUGUCAAUCAACAAAAUUACGUAUUGGCUCAUCAAGUGAGUUGCCUUGCAAUGUUGUUCGACUACUAUUUGGAUGAUGCAUCCCCAUCAGCUGAAAGGAUAAAUUGUACGUCAGUGGUUGAUGUUGGCUUAUGCAAGCCUGUUAGUGGUAGAUUCCUGGGUAGAUCAUUUAGAGGAAGGGAUCGCAGGAAGAUGAUCUCCUGGAAAGAUAUGAAAUUCAAUUCCAACUGUCACUAAUAGUGGUUGGUUCCUGUCUGGAUCUUUUAGACGGAAGGAUCACAAUAAUGAUCUAUGUGAAGACCUCCAAAUUGUCCCAAGUAGUAAUAUUCAGCUCUGGAGGUGACAAAUGGAUGUUAUGGAAUAUGAUGCUCAUCUUUACUGUUGCAAGGAUAAGGACAUUGUAACUCUAGGGUGCACUCGGACAACCAUGGAACGUCAUUGUUUUUUUUUACUUUAUAACCUAAAAACUGGCUGAGAUACUCUGGGGGAUUUGAAGGUUUCAUUUCAGCCAUUGAUUAUUUGUUAUGAUUUAUUUUCUAGCAAAUGAUGCUACUGGGGUUUCAGUUUAGGAGCUGGCAUCAUGGGUAGAAUUCUAAGGAUUGUACUUUGCUGAGGUCUUCUGGAUAAUGGCCAAAGUAUUUUAGUAUUUUCUUUUAUCAGUUAUACUGGAUUCUUUCCAUUCUGAAUCUGUCAUUCCCUAGCAAAGACGAAGUGUUUUUCCUAUAACUGGAUUUUUUUAAGAAUAAUUCUAGUCGAUUGCGUUGAACCACGGG